AUGAGGAUUAAUCAACUAUGCUAAUAAUACUUAACAACAUCUUCAUCGUCCUGAUCAGAAAACACUCAAAACAGAGGAUUCAACUCAAUGAAAAUCUGCACCUUUUGCACCACCGUUCUGGUGGUUGUGGUGGUGGCGGCCAACUUCAACAUGGCAGUGGCUGAGGGUCACAUACCCACCACCCUGGAUGGCCCAUUUGACCCAGUGACUCGCCGGUUUGAUCCGUCACUGAGAAGAGGCAGUGAUGACUUGCCCAUGACUGAUCCAAGGCUUAGAAAGAAUGUGACUGCAAAUUUCCCUGAGCAGAUUGCUCUUGCCAUUUCUUCACCAACUUCUAUGUGGGUUUCUUGGGUUACUGGGGAUGCACAGGUUGGCCUCAAUGUCACCCCGCUUGUUCCUACAUCUGUUGGAAGCGUGGUGUGGUUUGGGAAAGAGAGUGGCAAGUACACAAGUGUUGCCAAAGGUGAUUCGGUUGUUUACAGUCAGUUGUAUCCCUUUGAAGGACUCUGGAAUUACACUUCAGGCAUAAUUCACCAUGUCAAACUUGAAGGUCUUGAACCUGGAACCAGAUAUUAUUACAAAUGUGGGGAUAGUUCUAUUCCAGCCAUGAGCCAAGAGCAUUUUUUUGAGACUUCUCCAAAACCCAGUCCUAAAAAUUAUCCUCGUCGAAUAGGAGUUAUUGGAGAUUUGGGUCUCACAAGCAAUUCUUCAACAACUAUUGAUCAUUUAAUUUACAAUGAUCCUUCAAUGAUUCUAAUGAUUGGAGAUUUAACGUAUGCAAAUCAGUAUCAAACGACCGGCGGAAAGGGAGUUCCAUGUUUUUCAUGUGCAUUUCCUGAUGCACCUAUCAGGGAGACAUUUCAACCCCGAUGGGAUGGGUGGGGAAGGUUUAUGGAGCCUUUGACCUCAAAAGUUCCUAUGAUGGUUAUUGAAGGGAAUCAUGAGAUUGAACCUCAAGCUGGUGGGAUUGAAUUUGAAUCAUACUUGACGAGAUUCGCUGUUCCUGCUGAAGAAAGUGGCUCUAAAAGUAACUUCUACUACUCUUUUAAUGCUGGGGUACACUUCAUCAUGUUGGGAGCAUACGUUGAUUACAAUAGUUCUGGUGCACAGUAUGCUUGGCUGGAGCAAGAUCUGCAAAGUGUAGAUCGUGGUGUUACCCCUUGGUUAGUAGCUACAUGGCAUCCUCCUUGGUAUAACAGCUAUGCUUCACACUAUCAAGAAUUUGAGUGCAUGAGAUUGGAAAUGGAAGCACUUAUCUAUCAAUACAGGGUUGACAUUGUUUUCAAUGGUCAUGUUCAUGCUUAUGAGCGAAUGAAUAGAGUUUAUAAUUACACCUUGGACCCUUGUGGACCUAUUUACAUUACUGUUGGAGAUGGAGGAAAUAUUGAGAAAGUAGAUGUCGAUCAUGCAGAUGACCCUGGAAAGUGUCCUUCACCUGGAGAUAACAUACCAGAAUUUGGAGGAGUUUGCCAUUCAAAUUUUUCCUUUGGUCCUGCCAAAGGAAACUUUUGUUGGAACAAACAACCUGAGUGGAGUGCAUUUAGAGAAAGCAGUUUUGGACAUGGGAUCCUCGAGGUAGUGAAUUCUACAUAUGCAUUAUGGACUUGGCACCGAAAUCAAGAUAGUUACAAAGAAAACGCAAUUGGUGACCAAAUAUACAUUGUGCGGCAGCCUGAAUUGUGCUUGAAGGAUUCAAAAGCACAGGACUCACAGAAGUCACUUCCACACAAUUCAUCUUCUUCCUCUUCUGCUCCUAGAUGCCUCCCUCAGGGUCUUUCCAUCACCAUAUCUCAAAUUCUCAAUUACUUGGUGUUCUCUUUAUUCAUGGUCUAUAUUCUCAGGAAAUAAGGGUUAGAAUCAAUUACAUUGCUGUCACUAUAAUUAGAGAUUUUAUUGGUAGUUGUCAUCCAUGGAUCGGGCUUCAAAAUGUGUGCAACUUCAGCUAUGAUAAUUGAGCAUUACUGUAAAUGUUACUUUACUUUUCUAAUUUUCAUUUUCUGUUGUGCAAGUUAGGAAGAUACAUCAAAAGAAGAUCAAAACUUGAAAUGCCAUUAAGACCGUUUCCAAUA